CUCAAAGGGAGUAAAUAUGGCGACUUUCCGCUUAGAUGUUUUACAGUCUGUCACAUCCGUAUCACAGAAAAACUGUUUUACAGCAAACCAUGAGUUGGAUUAACUAGACUGACCAUCACAUUUACAUACUAAACAUAAACUGUAUCUCUGAAUGAAUCCAAAUGUGAAGGCACUCGGAAAACUAGAAGCCACGUAACAUCAUCGAAAUGUCAUUUCUUAGCAGUUUUCGUAAACUUUUUCGUUUAGGUGGGGAGGAUGCGAAGAAAAAAGAAGCUAAUAAAAACAUCAGACGGGACAUAGACCCUACACAGCUCUGGGAAGUUAUUGGGGAGCUCGGGGAUGGAGCAUUUGGGAAGGUUUACAAGGCCGUUAAUAAGGAGACGGGAAAGCUUGCGGCACUGAAGCAGGUUGAGAUCAAGAGUGAGGAAGACCUUGAGGACUUCACCGUGGAAAUCGACAUUCUGUCGGACUGUCGACACCACAAUGUUGUGUCGCUCUACGAAGCCUUUUACUGGGACUCCUACCUAUGGAUGUACUUGGAGUUUUGUGGAGGGGGCGCCUUGGACAGCAUCAUGGUGGACCUGGAGAAGCCCCUCACAGAGAAGAUGAUCCGCUACGUUUGUCACGAGAUGUGUGUGGCCAUGAAUUUCCUUCACAAGAGCCAUGUCAUACACAGAGAUAUCAAAGCUGGAAACGUCCUUCUUACGCUAGACGGAGAGGUCAAACUAGCUGAUUUUGGUGUAUCGGCCAAGAAUAAUCGAACUGCCCAGCGAAGAGACUCGUUCAUUGGGACUCCUUACUGGAUGGCCCCGGAGGUAAUCAUGUGCGAGACGCUGAAGGACAGUCCUUACAACACGCAGGCUGACAUUUGGUCUCUUGGUGUAACUCUGAUCGAGUUUGCCCAGAUGGAGCCUCCUAAUCAUGACAUGCACCCUAUGAGAGUCCUUAUCAAAAUACAGAAGUCAGACCCUCCUCAACUUUCCAAACCAUCGCGAUGGUCCAAAGACUUCAAGGAUUUUGUGAACAUGUGUUUGGUGAAGAGUCCAGAUCUGAGACCCACAGCUGAGGAACUGUUGAUGCAUCCAUUCAUCCGCGACUACACGGACAAAUCUGACCUUGUUGACCUCAUCCUGGAGGCUAAGGCAGAGGUCGUAGAAGUCAUUGAGGACUUGGGAGAGGAUGAGGACAUAAUGCAAAUGAAGAAACACAUGAGUGAUGCCUCGUCUAUAUCCGACCUUGAUAAUGUGUCUGUCAGCGGAGACAGCGACAAAAAAUCUCCGACUCCAGAACGUGUGGUGGUUCCAGGAAAGACCGUCAGUCCUGUAAAAGAUGAUGUCAAGCCAGACAUUACCCCAACAGUCAAUGACAUGUUAGAAGGUCUCAUCGAUGAAGUGAUUCGCUCUGUCGACACUCAACCAUCAGUGCCUAGCGUCGUUCUGGAUACUUUCAAUGACGUCAUCCAGGAAGCUCAUCAGGAGGCGGAGAAAAAAGACCAAGAAUCUCAAAAUGACCAACAAGAAGAUGCAGAAACGAGUUAUGAAAUAACUGAUAUUGAUGACGCUUUACAAGACGAGGAGGAAAAAGAACCAGAAAAGAAAAAAUCACCUGGGCACAAAAUGAUCAUUGACAUAUCUACCGGCAAAGCCAACAAUGUAGAAAUUAGAAAAGUUGCAGGAAAUGCAUCUUCAACAACACAAAAUACUAGUAAAGAGAAAGUAGAAAUAGAAAUUCAAGAGGUGAGGGUCACUCUAGGUGACGACGACAGUGCAGUUCAGACAAAUUUAGAUAGCAAUAAAGACGAUGCCUCAAUCACAAUUAAUGGCCAGCCAGUUCCGUCGGCAGGAAUGGUGGUCGGUAACGGUUUUGCCGUGCCUGUAAGCGAAAGUGGGAAUAAAGAAAUGGAAACAAGUGCUGUGAUCCCACAGACAGAUCUAGAUACAUUUGAAACCAAAAAUGUCAAAGAUUCCAAGAACCGUAAUAUAGCACAGGUUGAUGAUGACGCACGUUCAGACGCGGGUAGCGUAACCACAGUGGAUAGCAAUGAGGAUGUUCAUAGGACCACUACAACCCGACCUCCUAAGUCACAUAUACGAACAAGAGGGGACGCUAAAAGUCACUAUAGAACACUAACGAAGACUAGAAAGUACAUGCGAGACGGCGUGGAGGUGGUCAGUACCACUCAGACGGUCAUUGACACCGGGGAGCUAAACAAGAGACGAGAAGAGUUCAACUGCAGGAAGCAGGACCUGCGGGAGCUGAAGAUGCUCCAGAAGCAGGAGAAUAAACAGUACCAGGACUUGCUAUACAAGGCACAAUGUGCACGGGAGGGACAGGAGCGUCGCUUCGACACAGACAUGCAGAAAUUGGUGCAGAACUAUGACCAGGAUAUGGAGACUCUGACAAAACAACAGAAACAGCAGGUGGAGAGGGCAGAAACCACUCAACAGAUGGACAUGAAGUCCGCCGGCAAACGUAUCAAACUGGAACAGGAAAAGGAAUACAAAACUUUCAAGGAACAGCAGAAACAGGAGAUGAAGUUGCUGAAACAGGAACUAGACCUCAUGCCCAAGGACAAUAAAAAGGAGAGUGUGAGGAAGAGGAAGGACCAGAAAGAGAUUGAGCUGGCGGAAAAAGAGCGACAGUUCUUUGAGAACCAGCAGGAACGAAUGGAGAAGCACAUGAAACAGUUAUCAGAUACUCAUCGUCAGAAGGUGGCCCUCCUGGAGAGUCAGUUCCUUCAGCAGAAACAGCAGCUCCUCCGAUCACGGGAGUCAGUCAUCUGGGAGACAGAAAAACAGCAACUCCAUGAAAAACAUCAACUUGCUAAAAGUCAACUCAAAGACAUGUUCUUCCUGAAGCGCCACCAGAUGCUGACACGCCAUCAAAAGGAAGUGGAGCAGAUGAAACGGAGUAACACCACUAAGGAGGAGGAGAUGCAGAGUCGACACACACUCGAGAAGAAACGUCUCCCGAAAAUCUUAAAAAGCGAGGCCAAGACGCGUGCCAACAUGUUCAAACAGAGCUUACGCCUUAGCACCAUUGGGUCACCAGAAGACGACCGUGCAAAGAUGAAACAGUUUGAGGAGAAUGAGAAAAAGCGGAUGAAGGCAGAACAACAGCGGCAGGAACAGAAACACAAACGCCAGUGGGAGGAACUAGUGUUUAGGAAUGACACCAGUCUACGAGAACUGGAGGCCCUACAGGCGGAGAAAAGAAAGAUGUUGAUGGAACACGAGACACAGAAGAUCAAGGAGCUGGAUGAUCAGUAUGCUAACGAGCUCCGGGAGUGGAAGAACCAGCUCACACCUAGAAAACAGUCAACAAGUGGCAAGCAAACUGGAGGAGAGAAAUUGGAAGAAGAAUUCCAGAAACAGAGGGAGGAACAGGAGAAAUUUUAUGGCACUGUACUGAUAACGGGCAAUGAUGGUGUGUUGCAGUCUGCCCCACGGUCGCAGCCCAACAGUCUCCGUGGUAACAAAGAGGAUAGUGUGAAAUCGUCAAGACAUUCGACUGUGAUAUAAACGACGACGGGACUAGUGUGGUGUUGGACUCGUGAUGGGCUGGAACCACAAUUAAUUGUGUUCUUAGAAAUUCUUCGGACUUUCUGUCAGCAAGAGUGUGGAUUCAGGAAUCUGUUGAACGGAAUUGUUGAUUUAGAAAUUUGGUUUUUCUGACAUGAUAAGACAGACUUCUUUUUAGGAACAAUUAAGGAAUGAAAUUGAUCAUUUGAGAGAAUAUGGGAUUGUUCUUAGGAUCAAUUUCUGCAUUAAAGGAGAAGUUAUGUUUUGUCUUCGCAUGUCAUGACUUUUAUGUCUACAAAGUGAACCAGAAAAAGACUUAUGCACCAAGCUUUUUAUCUGUAGUGGAAUAUCAGUUAAAACUACAAAGCAAUUAAGUUUGUGUUUUGUCACUAGGGGACAACCACUGUGAGGUGCUGAGACUCAAAAGUAAACAAUGUUGUCAAGUGUUGUCUCCCUUAGUUAUCGGGAUUGUCUCCCUUUGUUUAUUAUUGUGUAUCAUUUAUGGGUUUGUUAGAGUUUGUACCGUACACUUGAUAUGUAGAUGUUUAUUUGUUUGGUUCUCAAAAUCUCUGUCUUUUACAAUCUUCACUCGAAGAAAAUACUGUGUUAGGAUUUUUGUGCUUUGGUUAUGUUAUGUGGCCAUCUUUUAUGUGAAUAUGUUAACAUGACUAACUGAGUUGAGAAAUUUAGAAAAAGUCUAUAUCACGUUAAUGGCGUUGCUCUGUUUUUUUAGCCCACCAUCAUAUUAGUAUUGAUCAGACUAUCUGAUAAAAUAUCUACAAGUUUCAUUCAUUGACUAGAUAUUGAAAAUUACUCUGAAACCAGAAAGAGUUUUUUCACAUGGUGUUUAUCAUCAAUAGAUUUUUAGGUCACCUUCCUUCUGAAGCCACAUCACGUAAUCCUUUAACAUUUGGCUUAUUUAAUUAAUAUAGGUGACAUGCUUGAAAAAUCUGUGUGUUUUAAAAAAAAUCUUUGCAUUCGUUGUCAAGUAUUUUUGGACAAAUAUAAGAAGAACCGUGAAACGAAAGUGCUAAAUCAGGCACCAACUUUAAAGAUAAAAUUGGAUUAAACAUAUACACAUAUUUCUAGGCCCCUAUUUUCAUUAUGCAAAAGCACAGUCCCUACCUUUAAGUAAAAAAAUCUCAAAUUUACCCAAUUCAAUUUAUAGAAUUUAAAGGAUAGUAUAUGUUCCGAGUAUUUUCUCUGUGUGAAAAUAAAUAAGUUAUAUCAGCUGCACUGUGAAGGGUCAUAAACAAAACAUCAUUUAAAAAAAAGCACAAAGAAAGGGGGAACAACUCUAUUCAAAGGUAGCACAAGAAAAGGGGAACAACUCAUUCAAAAGUAGCCUAGGAAGUUAUGAAGACGUAGAUAAUAUUGAUAUUUGCAAGAUCUGUGAUACAAUAGCUAUUUGUAUAUGUUUGUACGGGAUAGAUUUCUAAGUUAAUUCUUCAUCUCAGUCUAAUUUUUAGCAACCAUAGGCAUGUAAAAUGAAUCUGAAUUGAAAUUUUAUUUAUUUCAGAAAAAUAUCAAAAAUACUCGCCAUUCUAUGAUUAGAAAUUAACAAAAAACAGUAACCCUUAUGUAGUACACGUGUACUCUUUGUUACGUUUUGAUAUGUUCAUUGUCAGUGAACAGAAGGUUAGAAACGUAGAAAUAUAUGGAAUUGUGUUCGUAAUGAAAACAAAUAAGAAAAUUAUCAUGUGCUGUAAAUAAUUGAGAGCGGGAGACUGUACAGACAACAGCUCCGGAUAAUUAAAAGGGUUAUGUUAUCGUGAUCAUGUCACUGUGCUUAUUUUUUUGUGUUUUUUUUUUAACAAUCGAGGCUAUCGUGAUAAUUUACCAGUGCUGUUGCUGUGUGCAUACAAACAUAUAGGGGGGAAAUGCUUAUUGAAGUGAAAAUGAUGUGAUAAGUAUUUUGAUGAUUAUGUAAAUGUCUCUCUAGCUAAGAACUGCAUAUAUACUUGUACCCUUUACAUAUUUAUCACUGGAUGACGUAAACCUAACUAAUUACCAAUGCCGAAAAUCUGUUGUAAUUGCUCUGUUAUGAUUUUGAGCUAAUUUGUUGGGUGUUUGAUAAUAUAUUUUAUAUACGUACUCUUUGUUUUUUAACCUGAUGAUAGGGAUGGAGAUCACACAAUUCCAUUUACAGGAAUCGUGCACAUGAUGAAUUUGUUUUUGGAAAAAAUAUAUGCUUGGAAUAUAUACUGAAAAACUUCUUCUGCGAGUCAACAUUGCAGUUUUAUAUUUCGUUAUACAAACAAUAAAUAGAAACCUUUAUUCGGUAAUAAUUGUAUGUGUGAUUAGAUAAAGCUAGAAAUUAUUACAUUUGUAUUUAAUAGAUGAUGUGCAAAUAGGACUAGCCACCUGCUGAACAUUCCACGAUAACGAUAGAAUACAUGUUUAUUUUACUAACUGGACUGUUUAAUUGCUAUCCACUCAUUAGAAUAGAAACAAACAACAAACAGUAAGUAGUACACAGACAUUUUAUACUUAGAAAGACACAGGUGACUCAAAUAAUUCCGUGCUUUUCCUACAGAGAGCUUCAUAUAUGCAGACAUUACAAACCCGUUUUUAAUCAACCUUUUUGGUUUGAUGAAAAUUUGUUGGACAACUCAUGAAGUGUUUGUAUUUUUUUUUUAAACGAUGAUGUGCUAAAUGCACAAAAUCCUUGUAUUUGUUACCCUGAUUAUUGUGCUCAGUCUGUCCAAUCAUAAACUGACCAUAGACCCCUGAAGACACAUUUGAACUCUUCCAAUUCAAAAGUUGGAAUAGUUCUUUGUGAAAUUUCAGGGGUGAAUGAGUUAAAAUGUCCAUAUGUUGUUAUUCAUAUACAGUGCAACGUCAUAUUUAGGCCUCAAUAAUUCUGAGGAAGAAACGAAAUAAAAGUGCCAUAUAAUUAGGCCAAUUGUUGAUCCGAUAGUAAUUCCUGAAAGUUAUUUUAUUGCAAACAAUCUGCUCACACAAUUUUUCUUCAGAUAAAAUCAUUGUAAUUAUAAAGAGGUCCAUUUUGUGCCUAGGGUAAAGUCGUUCUUAUGCGUAAACAUUUUUAAGCAACAAUCUUCCAUUCUGAUUGACAAUUUUUAGCUCACCUGGCACAAAUUGCCUGCAAGCUUAAAAUAUUAUCUUAGGAACUAGAAAGUGAAGAGGCAUGAUAUUAAACAUCUUCUCGAUUGCGACAAGGCCCAGGCUAUACAGUUUCUUAAUAUAAAUGACAUUGACCUACUUUCUAGGUCACAGAAGUCCUUUUGUCAUAACUUGCAAAUGGUUGAGAUCUGCAUUCAAUAACCAUACAUGUGCUUGCUGGGCAUGAAGAGACAAACACAUUCAUGCUACCAAUAUUUGCUCAGGGGUCUGGUCCCAUCCCCAGGACGCCAUGAUCAUAACAUGGAAACACAAGAGAUUGAAUCUCAAAUUUGCCAUGAAGCAUUAUUGGUCCCUGGGAAUCAAAAGUUAAUGUAAAUCAAGAGUGUUUUCUUUCUUGCUGCUGAGCCCCCAAAAAAUGAUAAUACUUGCAAUAUUACUAUUAUUGAGAAUAUUUUUCCAUGAUUGCUUAAAUAUCCAUUUGAGCAAUAUAGACUCUCUAUGCUUCAUGUUCAUGGUCAUCUGUUAGAUUAAGAGUGUUUAAAUCUUGUCGUGCACAAUGAACACCCAUUUACAAUGGAAACCUGCACCCCAUUCACCCUAAAAUCACAUUUGAACGAUACCAAAUCAAAGUCCAGUUUAAAUAUAUAGGGGUGAAUGAGUUAAUAGCGCUAUAACAUUGGCAAAUUGGAAAGUGUUGGUUAUUUUGUGGAUAUAUUGCCCUGUACUUUCCAUUGAAAAUUCACCAAUACAAAAAAAAAAUGUGUACCUGCCAAUGCUAAGCACUUGUGUCCAGUACUUGAUGUUUAUACAGAUGUCGAUGGUACUUACAUAUCUAAGCUAUGUGUAGUGUAUGUAUAUAUAUCUAUCUCACCUUAUCAUCCUGUUCAAACCUGUGUCGGAUGUACUGCCUAUAGUCAUGCACAGAGUCAAAAUAUUGCGACAGUUUCUUAACUAAAUCAUGCACACGAUACACACAUAUGCCAUUUAAUGUAUUAAUGCAUUAUAACUAUUAUUAUUAUUAUUAUCACACUGAUUAUUAUCACACUUGAUUGUGAUGAAACGAUUAUUGAUAAAAAUGUACCAGUCUGAUAAAAUAAAUUUUAUUUCAAUGUC